AUGUGCAAUGAUUUUCAAUCCCACUUCUCUCCAGAAACAACACUUCCACCAACAACGACAGGACCAGCAACGACUGGGGCACCAAGUACAACUGGACCAACAACUACUGGAGCACCAAGUACGACUGGACCAGCAACUAGUGGGCCAACAGCAACUACUGGGCCCACAACUACUGGCGCACCAAGUACGACUGGACCAACAAUUACUGGAGCACCAAGUACGACUGGGCCACUAACAAGUGCUAGAUCAACUACUGGACCUCCACUAACAAGUGUAUCUGAAACACCUGGAGUGACAACAGGACCCCCACUCACAAGCACGACUUCAGGUGGACCAGUAUGCCCCCCUUGUCCAUCAGAACCAGAGUGUCCUCCUGGGCAAGAACCCGUUAUUAUUGGCGAAGGUCCUUGCUGUACUAUAUGGGAUGGAUGUAGAGAAACAACACUUCCACCAACAACUUCAGGGCCAACAAUGACUGGGCCACUGACAACUGGACCACCACUGUCCACUGGUUCAACAACUACUGGACCACAAACAAGUACUGGAACACCAAGUACAACUGGACCACCAUUAUCUACCGGGCCAACAACUACUGGAGCACCAAGUACGACUGAAGCAACAACUAGUGGGCCAACAGCAACUACUGGGCCCACAACUACUGGCACACAAAGUACGACUGGGCCAACAACUACUGGCGCACCAAGUACGACUGGUUCAACAACUACUGGGUCAACAACUACUGUAGCACCAAGUACGACUGGACCAACAACUACUGGCGCACCAAGUACGAGUGGACCAACAACUACUGGAGCAGCAAGUACGAUUGGACCAACAACUACUGUGCCAGCAACAACUACUGGGGCAGCAACAACGACUGGACCAACAACUACUGGAGCACCAAGUACGACUGAACCAAUAACUACUGGAGCAGCAAGUACGACAGGACCAACAACUACUGUGACAGCAACAACUACUGGGCCAGCAACAACUACUAGACCUACAACUACCGAAGCACCAAGUACGACUGGGCCACUAACAAGUGCUAGAUCAACUACUGGGCCUCCACUAACAAGUGUGUCUGAAACACCUGGAGUGACAACAGGACCCCCACUCACAAGCACGACUUCAGGUGGACCAGUAUGUCCACCUUGUCCAUCAGAACCAGAGUGUCCUCCUGGGCAAGAACCUGUUAUUAUUGGCGAAGGUCCUUGCUGUACUAUAUGGGAUGGAUGUAAAGAAACAACAACUACCGGGCCUGCAACAACUGGGCCACUGACAACUGGACCAUCACAGUCCACUGGUUCAACAACUACUGGAGCACCAAGUACGACUGGACCAACAACUACUGGCGCACCAAGUACAACUGGGCCAACAACUACUGGAGCAGCAAGUACGACUGGGCCAACAACUACUGGAGCAACAAGUACAACUGGACUACGAACAACUACUGGGCCAACAACAACUGGAGCACCAAUACCUUCUGGGCCAACAACUACUGGACCAGCAACUACUGGAGCUCCAAGUACAACUGAAUCAACAACUAUUGGAGCACCAGGUACAACAGUAUCAACAACUACUGGAACACCAAGUACGACAGAACCAAUAACUUCUGGGCCAACAACUACUGGACCAGCAGCUACUGGAGCUCCAAGUACGCCUGAAUCAACAACCACUGGAACACCAAGUACGACUGGACCAACAAUUACUGGGCCAGCAACAACUACUGGACCAACAAUCACUGAAGCACCAAGUACGAAUGGACCAACGACUAUUGGACCAUCAAUUACUGGAGCACAAAGUACGACUGGACCAACAACUACUGGAGCAGCAAGUACGACUGGACCAACAACUACUGGAGCACCAGGUACGACUGGAUCAACAACUACUGGGCCAUCAACUACUGAAGCACCAAUAACUUCUGGGCCAACAACUACUGGAGCAGCAACUACUGGAGCACCAGGUACAACUGGAUCAACAACUACUGGGCCAUCAACUACUGGAGCACCAAUAACUUCUGGACCAACAACUACUGGAGCAGCAAUUACAACUGGACCAACAACUACUGGAGCACCAGGUACGACUGGAUCAACAACUACUGGGCCAUCAACUACUGAAGCACCAAUAACUUCUGGGCCAACAACUACUGGAGCAGCAACUACUGGAGCACCAGGUACGACUGGAUCAACAACUACUGGGCCAUCAACUUCUGGACCAACAACUACUGGACCAGCAACUACUGGAGCACAAAGUACGACAGGACCAACAACUACAGGAGCAGCAAGUACGACUGGUCCAACAACUACUGGAGCACCAGGUACGACUGGAUCAACAACUACUGGGCCAUCAACUACUGGUGCACCAAUAACUUCUGGGCCAACAACUACUGGACCAACAACUACUGGAGCACCAAGUACGACAGAACCAACAACUACUGGGCCAUCAACUACUGGAGCACUUAGUACGACUGGACCAACAACUACAGGAGCAGCAAGUACGACUGGACCAACAACUACUGGAGCACCAGGUACGACUGGAUCAACAACUACUGGGCCAUCAACUACUGAAGCACCAAUAACUUCUGUGCCAACAACUACUGGACCAGCAACUACUGGAGAACCAAGUACGACAGAACCAACAACUACUGGGCCAUCAACUACUGGAGCACCAAGUACGAGUGGACCAACAAUUACUGGAGCACCAAGUACGACUGGACCAUCAACUCCUGGAGCACCAGGUACGACUGGAUCAACAACUACUGGGCCAUCAACUACUGGAGCACCAAGUACGACUGGACAAACCACCACUGGAGCACCAAGUACGACUGGAACAGCAAUUACUGGAGCACCAAGUACGACUGAAUCAACAACUACUGGGGCACCAGGUACGACACUAUCAACCACUACUGGGUUAUCAACUACUGGAGCACCAAUAACUUCUGGGCCAACAACUACUGGACCAGCAACUACGGGAGCACCAAGUACGACUGGACCAACAACUACUGGACCAACAACUACUGGAGCACCAAUAACUUCUGGACCAACAACUACUGGACCAGCAACUACUGGAGCAGCAAGUACGACUGAAUCAACAACUACUGGAGCACCAGGUACGACUGGAUCAACAACUACUGGGCCAUCAACUACUUGGGCACCAAGUACGACUGAAUCAACUACUACUGAAGCACCAGGCACAACUGGAUCAACAACUACUGGGCCAUCAACUACUGGAGCACCAGUAACUUCUGGGCCAACAACUACUGGAGCAGCAACUACUGGAGCACCAGGUACGACUGGAUCAACAACUACUGGGCCAUCAACUACUGGAGCACCAAUAACUUCUGGACCAACAACUACUGGACCAGCAACUACUGGAGCAGCAAGUACGACUGGACCAACAACUACUGGAGCACCAGGUACUACUGGGUCAACAACUACUGGGCCAUCAACUACUGGAGUACCAAUAACUUCUGGGCCAACUAUUAGACCAGCAACUACUGGAGCACCAAGUACGACAGAACCAACAACUACUGGGGCACCAGGUACGACUGGAUCAACAACUACUGGGCCAUCAACUGCUGGAGCACCAAGUACGACUGGACAAACCACCACUGGAGCACCAAGUACGACUGGAACAGCAAUUACUGGAGCACCAAGUACGACUGAAUCAACAACUACUGGGGCACCAGGUACGACAUUAUCAACCACUACUGGACCAGCAACUACGGGAGCACCAAGUACGACUGGAUCAACAACUACUGGACCAACAACUACUGGAGCUCCAAGUACGACUGAAUCAACAACUACUGGAGCACCAGGUACGACUGGGUCAACAACUGCUGGGCCAUCAACUACUGGAGCACCAAGUACGACUGAAUCAACAACUACUGGACCAUCAACUACUGGAGCACCAAGUACGACUGAAUCAACAACUACUGGACCAACAACUACUGGAGCUCCAAGUACGACAUUAUCAACCACUACUGGACCAGCAACUACGGGAGCACCAAGUACGACUGGAUCAACAACUACUGGACCAACAACUACUGGAGCUCCAAGUACGACUGAAUCAACAACUACUGGAGCACCAGGUACGACUGGGUCAACAACUACUGGGCCAUCAACUACUGGAGCACCAAGUACGACUGAAUCAACAACUACUGGAGCACCGGGUACGACAUUAUCAACCACUACUGGGCCAUCAACUACUGGAGCACCAGUAACUUCUGGGCCAACAACUACUGGACCAGCAACUACUGGAGCACCAGGUACGACUGGACCAACAACUACUGAAGCAGCAAGUACGACUGGACCAACAAUUAGUGGCCCAACAAGAACAACAACUGGGCCACCACUGUCCACUGGUCCAACAACUACUGGACCAAGAACAACAAUAGUGCCAUCUCCAACAGAACUGAACCCACCAGUUACUACUUGUCCACCAUGCGAGAAGCCACAAAUUUGCGAGAAUGGAGAACCAGCAGAAUAUAGUCAUGAUGGCCCUUGUUGUCCUGUGUACAUUUGUCCAACAGCAGCACCAACAACAUUUGGACCUUCAACUGCUACUAGGCCACUAACCCCUACUGGGCCAGCAACAACAACUACUGGGCCACUAACAACUACUGGACCUCCAAUAACUUCUGCAACAACUGCAGGGCCAUCAACAACUACAGGUACACAACCAACAACUACUGGGCCAUCAACAACUACAGGUAAACAACCAACAACUACUGGGCCAUCAACAACUACAGGUACACAACCAACAACUACUGGGCCAUCAACAACUACAGGUACACAACCAACAACUACUGGGCCAUCAACAACUACAGGUGCACCAACAACUACUGGGCCAUCAACAACUGCAGGUACACAACCAACAACUACUGGGCCAUCAACAACUACAGGUGCACCAACAACUACUGGGCCAUCAACAACUGCAGGUACCCAACCAACAACUACUGGGCCAUCAACAACUGCUGGUACACAACCAACAACUACUGGGCCAUCAACAACUGCAGGUACACAACCAACAACUACUGCGCCAUCAACAACUGCAGGUACACAACCAACAACUACUGGGCCAUCAACAACUGAAGGUACACCAACAACUACUGGGCCAUCAACAACUGCAGGUACACAACCAACAACUACUGGGCCAUCAACAACUGCAGGUACACAACCAACAUCUACUGGGCCAUCAACAACUGCAGGUACACCAACAACUACUGGGCCAUCAACAUCUGCAGGCACACAACCAACAACUACUGGGCCAUCAACAACUGCAGGUAUACAACCAACAACUACUGGGCCAUCAACAACUACAGGUGGACAAACAACCACUGUGCCAUCAACAUCUACAGGUGCACAAACAACAACUACUGGGCCAUCAACAACUACAGGUACACCAACAACUACUGGGCCAUCAACAACUGCAGGUACACAACCAACACCUACUGGGCCAUCAACAACUGCAGGUACACAACCAACAACUACUGGGCCAUCAACAACUACAGGUGGACAAACAACUACUGUGCCAUCAACAUCUACAGGAGCACAAACAACUACCGGGCCAUCAAAAACUACAGGUGCACCAAUCUCUACUGGGCCACCAACAACUGUCUGUCCGUCACAGCCAGAGUGUCCUGUCACUUGUCCGGAGGGUUAUGAACUGACCGAAUUUGGUACAUCUGAAUGCUGUCCGCCGAGCUAUGUAUGCCUUCCAACUUGCCCAGAGGCGUGUCCCAUGCCUGAUAUUGAGUGUCCUCCAGGGCAUAGUAUGGAGAGCAGUAAAAGUGGGAUAAGUCAUUGUAAUUGCGACGACAUUUUUAUCUGUAUACCAGAUUGUAACCCGAUGGAUUGCCCACCGCCUCCCACUUGUAGCAAUGGAGAAGGGCUGCAGUGGAGCUACAAGAGUGAUUGUUGUGAUUACUUUCAGUGCAUGCCAGUGGCACAAGUCGAAGAGUGUGAUCCUGAACUCGUGGUUCAGACUCUUAAUAUCGGAGCAUGUACCAGCAUAGGCGAGGUACAAAUAAGCCGUUGUACUGGCAUGUGCCACUCAAGCACGUACACUAAUGCCUUCGGAGACUUGGAGAAUAACUGUGACUGCUGCACGGCUUCCGGAACGGAAACACUUACUACAUCUAUGUUGUGCGAAGACGGUGUACACGAUUUACAGUAUGAACACAUCACUGCGUGUGACUGUCUAGCCUGCACCGCUCCAACCACCGUCCCCACGCCACCUAUGGUCGUCCGUGACAUUCUGGAGGAGUUGUCGCCAGUCUUUGUAUAAAAUGGAACCAGUUCGAGGAAGACCGCAACAGACUAUUACUUGACAUUCAUUUGUAUAUACACUAUUAGGGCGUGAGACCAAUAGAUUGUGCUCGAUUUCUGCCCUUUAGAUUGCAUUUACGAUACAUAGGGGGUAACAAAAUGGGCACAUAUCACACUGCC